AUGAAAUCUUAUCAACACCUUCACCUUUUAAUCAUAUUGGUGUUGAUGAUGUUCAUCAAUAGAGCUACCUCUCAACAACUACAGAUACCACUUCUCGAAGAACAAUCUAUACGAUAUCUACUUGAACAAUAUUAUAGCGAUUUACCUUUAGAUCAAAACGGAUUUUGUAAUAACCAAAGCAUUCCAUCUCAAAAAGUAACAUGUGAACUUGUCGAUCAAGAGUAUCACGUCACAUCAUUACCAUUGAGAAUAGUCGAUCCGUCAAUUAACCUUCUCUUCUUGAUGAGUAAUAUGACGAGUCUACAAACACUUGUUCUUCAAGAUGAAAAGACUGUCACCAUAUUUCCACCAAUACUGUCAAUGGCAUUCCCAAACCUAACAGAAAUCUCCUUUUUUGAUUUACCUAUAAACAUAUCUUGGCCAUUCUGUUCUGCUUGCCCAAAACUUCGUAGAAUAUCUUUACAUAGUCAAACAUCCACUAUUCUAAUCAACUCUAGUUGGAGAAUGCCAUUGGUCGAAGAUUUGUCUUUAUCAUUCAGAUUAAAUGAUCCCAUUGUCGGUGUAGAAUUUCAACAAUCUUCAUUCCCAUCGCUAAAUUUAUUACAAUUCACUUUCAAACAGACUACACAAACUGAAUUGUCAAUGCUUGUCAAUAGUUCAUCAUUGACAAAUUUUUACUUGGAUUCAUCGUUGACAGUGUUACCAACACUUUAUCCUCUACCACCUAAUCUUUCAAUAUUAUAUAUUUCCAACAAUGAUCAAUUGUAUCAAUUUCCUUGGUCAAUUCUUACCAACCGUACAAUUAAUAUAUAUUUCAAAAAUAACACCAAUCUAGUUGAUAAAACUAUUCCAGAUACUACAUGUUCAAACAAGUUUAUCGAAUUAUAUAAUGUAACAGCAAUUCCUGAUUGUUUUUGGUGUUAUAGUAAUGAUACCUCUAUUAUAAAAACCUCUUUAACUAUACCUUCUGAAUUUACUUGUCCAAUGACUAUUGAUUCAAGAGAAUUAUAUUUAAUUAGAGGAAGUGGAUUGUUACAAGGUUCAAAUAUUGGAUGGGGUCUUGUUAGCACACCCCAAUACAAAUUAGUUGCCAUUGUUCCAAAUCAAAAAUUACAAUUUUCAAUAACAACACCUCGAAUUGGACCUGCCGAGAAUAUCGACAUUACCUUUAACUCUAAAACACCAGCUUACACUUUUCCAUUUACAUUUAUUGAAUCUGGUAUCACCAUUGAUCGAUUGGAUGCACAUAGAAUCCAACCCUUACAAUUUGGAUUAAAUAUUACAUUUAAAUGGUUUAAUCCAUUCUUGAACCACACUGUAUGGAUAGGAAAUACAAUUGAAUGUAUCCCUGUAACAAAUACAUCAAAUUAUUUGUAUUGUUUGGCAAAUAAUGUUGGUGGAGGUAAUCAAACAGUAACCAUUAGAAAUAUCAACAAUAAUCAGUCAACUUCACUCCUUUUCCCUCCAUCCUAUCCAGUAGUUACAUCAGUCAGUACUUUGGAUCCCAAUGAAAUCAAGAAUUUAAGUUUAUUUGGUUACUAUGGUGAAAAUAAUCAAACUGGUGUCUCUGUCUACAUUAAUAAUACUAUAGAAUGUAUUGUCACAUCGAAAUCCAGACAAUUAAUCAAUUGUUCAUUAAUUAAUGUACCAAGUGAUGGAAUUGCCUCCAUUUCAGUCAUUGUGGACGCGUUACUAUUUAAUAGAACCGAUGCUAUCAACUUUAAAUCAAAUUCUAAUGGUCCACCAGGAGGAAACCAAAAAGAUCAAUGUAUUCAAGAUACAAAGAAUUGUUAUGGAAAUGGUCAAUGUGAAGAUUAUGGAAUUUGUGUUUGUAAUCAAGGUUAUGAUUCAUCUGAUAAUUGUAGAACUCAAUUUGUACUAAUUAAACCAAAUAUAAAUAAUACAAAACCAAUAGCAUCAUUUGAUAUGGAUGGAAUUGAUUUUGAUUUUGAAAUGAUUUCAAUUCAAGAAUUGGAUUUGGAAGAAGUUGUAUUAAAAGAAAUACCAACGGUUGAUUGGACAUCAACUAUUAUUGAAAAUACAACAACACUGACUAGUGUAUAUUAUCAAUUAAAUACAACAUCUAGUUCUUUGAUAGAUUCACCACCAUUGGUUAGUGCCAACAUAUCAUUUUCAACAAAUGCAAGAUCAAUCAUGUUUGGUCCACAAGAAUUGACAAUCAACCCAAAUUCCAUUAAAUUGGCAGUAAAUAUUUCAUCGUGGGCAUUCAAAAGUAAUCUUUCCUAUUUAAGAGUGGUAUUUAAAACAAAAAUCAAUAACAAGCAAUCGUACACUUUUGACUGUGAAGAACAUUCAAUUGAUUCUCUGUCAUUUGAUCAAUUUGGAGCUACCAUUCAAUACCUCAGGAUCAUUAAAGAAGGUGUUCAAUUUAAUGGUAGGUUUAUCGAUUAUUCGCUGGCAGAUGGCAGACCAACUUAUUCAAAGACUCAAUUGGUAUCAAUGACACCAUCCGAAACUGAUGAUGACACGUCUAUUGUAUUGAUUGGUAUCACGUUGGCUCAAUGCCAAUCAUGUAUUCUCGAUCCAGAUUUUACACCACUCCUAUCUGCUAGCUCUUCUGGAGGUGACUGCAAUCCUGAACAAAAAUGGAAAAUUAUUGUUGGGGUUGUAGUUGGUGUCAUUGGAGGUGCUGCUGUUGCAUUUGUAUUGGUUGUUAGUGCUAAAAGGGCUAGAUUGUUUUAUAUUAGAACUAGACCAUCCUCAAUUAGAAUGAAACCAACAAAUUAA